GCCGAUAAAAACAUUUUUAGCAAGGCAAUAAAAGUGUAUCUACUAGAUUUUUUGUUAAAAUGAGUGCCGACAAUACCGCAGAUAAUAGAAAAUUACAUGAUAUUUUUUUAGAAGGUUGGGAAAUCUAUGAAUUUCUAGAUGAAACCACUAUCGAUACAAAUGGCUCUGAAUAUCAAACUAAAGUAAAAUUGGGCAUGCAACAAUUUGAAUUGGCCACUACAAUUGUCAGUCAAAUUGGCAUGUUUAGCUCCAACGAAUUGAUUGAUGAAGUGCCAACAGAAUCAUUGCAGUAUUUACUGCUUCCAUAUUUUUUGGGAAAAUUGGCCACGCAACGUAAUGAACAGGAUCGUGCCGAUGCUUUACGUAUUGCUGAAAUUUAUUUUAGAGACUUUCUCCAACGUUGUCAUGAAUAUGAUCUUUGUGAGGCUCCUAAACCUAGUGAUGAUGACAAAUCUGACAAAAACGUCAGUGGUUGCAUAGAUACGCAAGAGCAGCUUGUGGCUUCAGCUGUGACACGUAAUAAUAAAAUCGCACAAUUUAGACGUAAAAAGGAGCUUGAGGCCCAAUUAAAACAAAUGAAAAUGGCCAUUAAAAGCAAUACCGCUGAUGAUGAAGUCAAACGUGAUUUCUUUAUGAAAUAUAUUAAUAAAAGUAUUAUAGAUGCCAGUGAAGAAAUGCUAAACGUUAAACUGGAAAAGGGUGUGGUUGAAAUGAGAAAACAGCGUUUGGCCGAAUUUGGUACGACAAAAAUGGAUGAUUUCGCUAUGCCGCCCGGUUCUGUUAUAGGCCCUAAUCCAGGUUUUGAUCAAGCGAAUAGUCAUGCACAUGACCACUCACAUAGCCAUGAUCAUGACCACGCACAUGGUCACGGUCACUCGCAUUCACAUGGACCCAGACAUAUGCAUAUGCCACCAAAACCCAAACGAAUGCAACCUUUUAUUAUCACCAAAGAUGCCACACAAAAGGCCGUCUUUGGUCUCGGUUAUCCCAGUUUGCCCAUUAUGACGGUCGACGAAUUCUAUCAGCAACGUGUUGAUGAAGGCAUUUUUCCAGAUGCCGAAAAAAUGGCUCAAAUUAAUAAAGAUAAGGCCAUUGCUGCUGCUCAAGAUCCAGAAAUUCAAGAGGAAGAAGAAAAGGCUGCACUUGAGGAGCAAAUCGAAAAUGAUGAUCCUGAAAAUAUUGCACGCAUGAGACGUAUGGAUGAGUAUAAGGAUGUGGUUAGACGUGGUGAUGGCAAUCGUCAUAAUCGCAGUUAAGAGCUCGAAGCAAUGUAAUUUUCUUUGAUUAAUAAGUGUUUGAAACACAUAAUUCUUAAUAAAUCAUACAAUUAUAUUACAGAACAAAUUCAUUUCUCAAACAUAAGAAAUAAAAAAUAUAAAUUUUACAUACAUAAAUAAA